CUGAUGGAAUUCAACUUUUGCUUGGAAUUGCCCAUAACCGUUCCUAUUCGCGACAAAAGAGGGGCGUGGCCCAAAAUGCUGGUUAAAAACACUUUACUGUGUUUACUAUGAAUCCUAAAAUUACAGGCUCCCUUAAAACAGACCAAGCUGACCGUUUGAUGACUUCUCUUGCUAGGUUGAGAGAAAACAAAGUUCUUUGCGAUUUCAAAAUAAACGUGGAGAAUAAAUCCUUUUUAGUUCAUCGAAAUGUAUUGAUAUCUUCCUCUGCCUAUUUUGAGAGCAUGCUAUUUAACAACAUGAAGGAGGCUACUGAUGGGUUUGUUAAUAUGACAGAAGUGACCGCUGUUGGUAUCAGUGAGUGCAUUCAGUUCAUGUACUUAGGGACGGUUGAUUUGAGGAUGGAUAACUUACGAGAUAUUUUAAACGCGUCGGAUAUUUUACAACUAUUGUCGUUGACAAACUAUUGCCUUCAGUAUUUGAAAUCAAAUAUUUCGUUGGAUAAUUGCUUGUUUGUAUUAAACUUAGCACAUUUGUACAGUCGAGACGACAUAAAACAGGCCGCAUUGAAAAUUGUAACCACCAAUUUCGAAGCCGUCAUUUCCGAUGAAUUAUUUCCAUCUAUCAACGAAGCAACAUUGGCGAAUUGUAUAAAGGUUUCACGUGCAAGUCAUGAAGCACUUUGGAAAGCAGUAAUAACGUGGGUGCAGGGCUCAAACGAUGCGCACCAACAGCAUAUUUUAGAACUAGUACAAGCAUUGAAUUUAAAAAAAUUUCCGUGUCGUUUUGUUCUGGAGACCAUUUUGAAAGAUCCACUAGUGAAUGGUAACAAGCCAGUGGAGAGUUUUGUGGUUUUCAAUCUGUUUUCUGAUAUUGAAGAGCGUUUGGAAAUUGAUACUUGCUUUGCGCUGAAAAGCCUAUUGCAAAAGUAUAAGAUGAAUGGAAGCGAUAAUUGGAGUAAAAUCGAACUUGAAAUUCAUCGAUUCAUUAGAGGAAAUUUGCAACAUAUGAUGAAUUUAGAAGAGUUCGGCAGUCUCAGUGACGAAGAGAUUGUUUUUGUGGUCAAAUCAGGAGAAGGAAUUCACUCACUAUCCAGCUCUAACAGAUGGCAGGCAGCAAUGAUGUGGAUCAACCAUGAUGUUUUGAUGAGAAAGAAAACACUUCCGAAGUUGAUUAGGAUAAUCGAUCUCAAACAAUUUUCUGUCGAUUUUUUACGUGAAAAUGUGCGAUGCAAUACUCUUGUUACCGAAUCUCAUGAAUGCAAAGAUUUGCUUAUUGAUGAAUUAUUUCGUCGGAUAAAUACGGAUGAAACCAAGUCAGGCAAUACAAGUCAGCCCAUAUUCGGCUUUGGAAAGGGAUUUUCAACGCAGAAGAGUACGAGUCAGUCUGGAUUCGGUUUUGGAAAAGGGUAUUCAGCGUCUAAAAGUACAGGUCAGUCUGUAUUCGGUUUAGGACCAGGAUAUUCAGCGCCUAAAACUGCGAGUCAGUCUGGAUUCGGUUUUGGAACAGGAUAUUCAGCGCCUAAAAGUACAAGUCGGUCUGGAUGGAGCUUUGGAAUAGGAUAUUCAGCGCCUAAAAGUACAAAUCAGUUUGGAUUCGGGUUUGGAACAGGAUAUUCAGCGCCUAAAAGUACAAGUCAGUCUGGAUGCGGCUUUGGAACAAGAUCUUCAGUUUCUAAAAGUACAGGUCAGUCUGGAUUCGGUCUUGGAACAGGAUUUUCCGCGCCCAAAAGUACAAGUAAAUCUGGAUCAGGCUUUGUAACAGGAUCUUCAGUGCCUAAAAGUAUAGGUCAGUCUGGAUUCGGUUUUGGAACAGAAUUUUCAGCCCUUAAAAGUACAAGUAAAUCUGAAUUCGCGUUUGGAACAGGAUUUUCAGCGACUAAAAGUACAAGUCAACCUGGAUCCGGCUUUGGAACAGGAUUUUCAGCCCCUAAAAGUAUAAUUCAGUCUGGAUUCGUUUCUGGAGCAGAAAUUUCAACGAUUAGUAGUACAAGUCAAUCUGAAUUUACCUCAUUAAGUGCCACAACUCAGGUAACCACAAUUCCCAACCAAUUUAAUCUCAGAAAUACGUCCACAACAUACAACACGACAACAGCAACGACUCUACCUUCGGUAUUUAGAUCUGGAAACGCAUUCUCGGAAACCACACGAAAUAUUCAUACAGGUAAAUUAGAACAAAACCAACACAUAACGGUGCUGAAUAGAAUAUCUGGUGGUCAAAUGAAUAUUCAUCCUUCAGAACUUUAUACGACUGAGUUUGGGUGGUGUAACUACUAUGUUAUUAACUAUAGCUUUUCUGCUGGAACUUUUGAGGGAAUCCCUUAUUCAGCUCAAAAAAUCACCGCCUAUUUACCAAUAGAAGAUGGCGUAAUACAACUUAUUGAUUAUCUCCGACUGGCAUUUAAUGCCGGGAUGAUAUUUAAGAUUGAGAAGCAGAGUGAUGGGCGCGGAACUAUUACAUGGAAAGACAUACCGCAUAAGACCACUAUUGACGGGGGGCUGGACAACAAUGGAUACCCGGACACCAACUACUUGAACGAGCUCCGUGAAUCACUGAAAUUAAAGUUAAUGUAAAUAUAAGAGCAAUGAUUAUAUAUAUCAUAGAUAUAUAAUGUAGUAAUUCAUGAAAGUAUUGCCGACUUUAUUAAUUUAACAUUCAUCUUUGUUCCUCUAAAACACGCUCAAACAUUCAAGCCAACGCAAAACCAAAAUAAAUAUUCAUCUAAUGCUUGGUGUAACCAAAUUUUAAGUCCUAGAUUAAUUGUGGGCUAUACUGUUUAUGGGAAAACGACUUUGGAUUUUGUCCGUACGAAAGCAUGGAAAAUAUUAGCUGUUGGACUGCAAGUAUGUUAUAAAUAUUUCCAGUCUUGAAAAUCUUCAAUUGUACCUGAUAUUGUAUUGUGUGAAACAAGAAAGCGAUGCUCAAAUUUUCUCAUUCUUGUUCUCGUGAUAUAAUUAUCUUUCACUGCGUCGUCGUGAUCAUCCCUCUGCAUAACAAUUCUCGCUAACA